AUGAACACUCAAGCCCUUCAAGAUCCCAUUAAGCAGGAUUGUUUCCACACAACCCAUAAAGACCAUCUGCUUUCAGAUUUCCCAGAUAAAACUGAGGAACACCGGACCAAGCUAAAAACAUCCAUUAUUGCAGCCUGUGAACAAACUAUUGGUUACCAAACCAAGAAACACCAGGACUGGUUUGAUGAGAAUGACGAUGAGAUUGAACACAUUAUCGACAAGAAAAGGAAGGCCUUUCAGAUCUGGCAAAGAGAUAGAAACUGUGCCACUAAGAAAAAAAACAAUGCUAAGGCUGAGGUUCAAAGAACCAGACAACUGAAAAAACACCUGGUGGAUAAAAAAGCUCAAGAGUGCUUAGCCGACACUCAUGAUGCACAAUUUCUUUAA